AUGCCGUCCACCCAUACACACCAGCAGCAGCAGCAGCAGCUGCUGCUGCUGCAGAAGCAGCAGCAGCAACAGCAGCAGCACUUGGAGGUACUGUCCGAAAAUCAUCAUCAUCUGCACCAGCAAGACGGGUCCCAUCGGCAGCAGCAGCAGCAGCAGGAGCCACAGCAGCAGCUGCAACCGCAGCAGCAGCAGCAGCAGCAGCAGCUCUUAGCUGCUGCUGCUGCUGCUGCUCUUAAUGCAUAUGCUCCUUAUUCGAAAUCUCGCGUUGGCGUCAGCGUUUUGGGAACUGACGGCCGAAUUUACGUCGGCUGUACGUUUGACUCUGCUGCAUAUCCCUGCAGUGUCUGUGCAGCACACAUCGCUGUUGCGCAGGCAGCCACCAAAGGCAGAGCCAGAGUCGCUGCAUGCGCAGCCGUUCGUAUAAUUAGAGAAGGAGAAGAAGCAGCAGAUUUUAUUUUAAACGGAUGUUGCUUAGAGUGGCUUUCAGAAUAUGCAGGCGAUGCUGAGGUGUACGUACACUGCGCUGAAGUAGCAGAAGGCUCUGCUGCAGCAGCAGGAACAGCAGCAGCAGCAGCAGGAGCACUGACACCAACAGCAGUAGCAGCAGCAGCAGCAGGAGCCUUAACACCAGCCGCAGCCGCAGCAGCAGCAGCAGCAGCAGCAGCAAGUUAUAAGCUCUCUUUUCUUCUACCCUUUGCACAGCGACUGCAGCAGCCUUUUGCUGCUCCUUUUGCUGCUCUCCCUCCCUUCGAUGAUGUUACAACUGAAGAUGGGAAGGCAGCAGACGCAGAGGCACGUGCUCUGCUGCAUGCAGCAGCAGCAGCAGCAGCAACAAGUUGCUGCUGGAAAUCAGCAGUUCGUGUUGGCUGCGCUCUUCAAACAGAGCAUCAAAUUCUCAUUUCUGCUGCUAAUGCAGAGACAAAGGCACUCGGCAUAGGGUAA